CUCUAGCCUCUUCUCGGCUCUCUUUUAGAGAGAGAGAGAGAGAAGGGCAGAGCAGAGGCGAGAGGAGAGAGAAGCGCAAGGCGCCAGGGCACCGUCUCCUGGCUCGUCUCGCCACCGGUCACCGGUCACCGGUCACCGCCUCCCGGAGCCAACCGGCGGGAUUCCGGAUGCGACAAGCAGGGCGAGGAGGCCGCUCCUCUUUUUAUAGGAUCGCAGGCUGCUGAAGCGGUAGCCGCCUCGGGGCGAGUGUUCGGAGGAAGAAGAAGAGACAAGAACCGUCUCCUCCCCGCAGCGAGUGUUCAGACUCCAGAGCAAGGAGCGCGGAGGAGGGGAUCGGCCUCGCGGGACUCGGUGGUUUUAGAGGUAAAUGUGCUUUGGGAGCUACAGAAAUGGCGUCACUGGUACCCGGGGUCCUUCUCAAGCUCCUCCAGCACAUGAACAGCGAUGUCAAGGUCGCAGGCGAGCACCGGUCAUCCCUUCUUCAGGUUAUCAGCAUCGUUCCGGCACUUGCAGGGAGUGAUCUGUUCACCAACCAGGGGUUCUACCUCAAGGUGUCUGAUUCGUCGCAUGCAACAUAUGUUUCCCUCCCGGACGAGCAGCAUGACCUCAUUUUGAGCGACACAAUUCAGCUGGGGCAGUUCAUCCAUGUAGACCGUUUCGAGGCAGCCACUCCGGUACCAAUCUUGAGGGGAGUCAGGCCAGUUCCAGGCCGGCAUGCUUGUGUCGGCAAUCCAGAGGAUCUUGUGGUGACCAGCUCCUCUAGUUUUCUUGGCAGCAAGAAGGCCCAACCAUCCAUCAAUGGCAAUUCAAAGGAUGGUGGUGCUUUGUCACUGGAGAAAGAGCAGAGCAAGUUAGAGAAGAUAAAUGCUUCUGUCAAGAACAAUGGGACAGAAAGCAAGAAACCCCAGCUCACCAAGUCGAACUCUUCACUCUCGAAACAAGCACUCAAUAGCCUUACAUCAGAUAAGAAAGACGUAGUUAGCUCAAAGCCAAAAUCUACCACCGUGAGGUCCAUGCCGUCAUCUCCGACCAGCGUCCAUUCUCUGCCUGCAUCAUUUGAUAAAUUCUCAAAUGACAUGAAACAAAGAACAAAAACGAAAGGAGCAGAGAAACCGUCACCAUCUAGGCUAUCCUUGUUAGAAAAGGCUGCUUCCGUUUUGAAGGCUACUACGGCAGGGAGAAAGUCCUCCGUAAGUAAUUCACUUAGUAACACCAUACUGAGCAUUGAAUCAGGACCAAAGGCCUUGAGAAGAAGCUGGGAAGGGAAUCCAGAUGCAAAAGGCAAAGGCAAUUCAGAUUCAAAGCCUGCCAAAGUUGAGAAGAAGUCUGAGAACAGGAGCUCUUCGACUCCAAGACGGAAACCAGUAGUAGAAGAGAAGCCAUUGCAUAAGGAUGACAGUAAGAUUCAGACUCCACCCAGGAAGAGUUCAGCAAGUGCUCCUGCAGAUGAUUCUGACAAAAUUGUGAAUAAGCAUUCUUCUCCUAUAAGGAGGACAUCUGGUGUUUUAAGCAACCCAAAUAUCACAAAUCUAGUGAAGGUUGCUGUGAAUAGCAAAAAAUUGACAGAUGCUAACACUUCAUGGACAGCGCUUCCUCCAUCACUUGCUAAAUUAGGAAAGGAGCUUUUGAAGUACAGGGAUGCGGCACAAAUGGCUGCUGUUGAAGCCAUGCAAGAAGCUUCUGCGGCAGAGAGCCUUCUUCGCUGUUUAAGCUCAUAUGCGGAGGUGAGCUCGUCGGCGGAGGAGCAGAAUCCACAACCAGCCGUGGAGCAGUUCCUUGCUCUGCAUGGAGCUCUCUCCCGCGCCACCGUCGUUACUGAGUCGCUAACCAAGGCCACAACCACGGCCUCCACCUCGACGUCACCAGACCGAUCAGCAGCCGGCGACACAUCCACCGCUGACGAGGAGACCCUGGCUGUCGCUGCGGAGCGCCGUCGCCGGGCAGCUUCCUGGGUGGGCGCCGGGCUCGCCACCGACCUCUCCGCCUUCUCCCUCUAUAACCUCAAACCGGCCCCCGCCAACAUCGUCUCCCCGCUGGCCGUCGUGCUUGUCGACGAGUCAGCGAAACCGGCGGCGGCGGCGGCGAAGGCGUCGCCGCCCGCAAAGUCGCGGCUGUCACCGGCAAAGGGGAAGGUGAGGUCGGGUUCUGCCGCCGCGGCCGCGGCCGCUGCUGCGGCUGCUGCUCUAGUGCCACCGCCGGAGUGGGAGCGGGGUGGCGGCGCGGAGGAGCGGGGCGAGCUGGCGCGGCGGCUCGGGGAGGAAGCCCGGGGGUGGUUCCUGUCGUUCGUGGAGCGGUUCCUGGACGCGGACGUCGCGGCGGCCGCGCCGUGGGACCGCGACCGCGCGGCCCGGAUGCUCCCGCAGCUGAAGCGCGUCAACGACUGGCUUAGUGAGAUCGGGAAGCCCGCGGAGACGCCAUCGCAACAGCACCCGCCCUCGGACGCGGACGGCGAGGCCGCGGCGCCCGCCCCGAACGGCGGCGCGGCCAGCGGCGUGCCGGAGGAGACGAUAGAGCGGCUGAGGAAGAAGAUCUACGAGUACCUCCUCACCAACGUGGACUCCGCCGCCGCCGUGCUGGGCGGCGGCGAGGCCGCGCCGGCGCCGGUGGCGAACGGGAAGAAGGGGUGACGUGCGUCCUGCGGUCCUAGUGUUCAGGCGGGCAGUGCCGCGAAGGCUCAAUUUGGCCGUUAACUUGGAUGGGCUGGCCGAAACAUGGGCCGGUAUGGAUUCAAAUGUACAAAAUGGGCUGGAUUGACAUUGUAGUGGUGUUUUUUUUGGUGUGUUUUUUCUUGGUGGGUGCUUGAAAAUAUUACAGAAAACUUAGAAAUGAAAAUGGAUGGUGACUAAGAUGAUAUGCAGAUAUAGAAAAAUGUUUUCUGUCA